UAUACAUUACAUGUGCUUACUGCUUAUACUUUUUUGCUUCUUUUCAAUUUUAUAAUACUUAUUUUUCCUCGUUGUAUUUUAUAAUUAAUGUCGAAUACAAUAAAAAGCUGAAAGUUAAAAUGGAGCAAUUUAAGGAUGCUCAUUAUUUUCAUAUUCCAUCGCAAGGCAAUAUAUACACGAUGUGUGACUUGCAGUUGGGGAAUGAAAAAAAUCUAAUCCUUGCUGCCUCACUAAAGAGAGAUAUUUUUUAUUUCGAAUAUUUGGAAACCUCCAGAGGAAUGGUGCCAACUACGAAAGAGAUUUCUUUUACUUAUAUUCCUAGUGGAGCUGAAAUCAUAUCCAUUGAUGCAUUUAAUAAGUCUUCUACAAGUAGUGAGGCUGUUAUUGGUAUCACAAUUAUCAAGAAUAGUAAUGAGUCAGACACUUUAGAGACAUUUUUAAACAUUUACUCUCAGCUAGAGGAACAUGAGGAUUUUAAUAUAGAAAACAUAGCACAAAAUUGUUUCACUGUAGAACUUAAUUUUAUUCCCUAUAAAUUAAUGCAUACUGAGCUUAUUAAAUGGGAUGGGGAUACAAUUGUUAAAAAAGAGAUAGUUUUUGUACUCUCAGGAAGUGAUAAUCAAGUUCAUAUUUAUAGAGAAAAUCCAACUGAACAUAUGUACAAAGAGAUUGACAGCAAGGAAUACUUUCCAGAGUUCUCUAAAACCACUAGCCCAGUCGUAUGGAUUGAUAUGCUGUAUAUGAAUAAUUAUGAAGAGAGGAUAACAACAUUUGGAUGUGAAGAUGGCUAUGUAAAACUGCUGAAAGUUAACACCAAAACUAAUAAACUUGUUUACAAUUUCUCUACAAGGUUUACAAACUAUGUGGCAAGUGUACAUUUAUAUUUUGAAAACACUCCAAAUAUUUCUGACAAAUUUGCUAAAAGUUUUGGAAAGACAACUUUAGAUAAACGAGUGGCAAGACCAAUUUUGAAUUUGAUUGUUGUGAAUUCAAUUCUACCCCCAGUGAUUUGCAGAGAUGUACUAAAAUAUGGACUAAGUGAUUAUGAUGGUCUGGCCAGACAUGAUAAUGGUACUAUUUUUACAUGCUGUGCUGUAGCUGAUAUAGAUUUUGAUGGUCAGAAGGAAAUAUUGGUUGGUACAAGUUCAGAGGAGAUUAUUCUAUACAAAAUGGAUAACGUAGAAAAUAAAUGGUUUAUGGAAGAAAUCAAAUAUAUGGCUGCACCAAUUUUAUCACUAAAAUAUUUGGAUGUGUCGGGAGAUGGCGUGAGGGAAUUGAUUGUAUCUUCGAUGAAGGGGAUACAUGUGCUACAACAUGAUCCUGUUUUUGUCCAAAAAAAACUUAAUGAGAAGAUUGAUGCACUGACAAUACCAAAAAUUCAAAUAUCUUGAGAAUUUUACAAUGUAUUAAGUAUUUACAAUGAAAUGCUUGUGUAUAUGUGUGAUUUUACUACAUUAUAUUGUUGUAUUGAUUAUGAUGUACCAUUGUUACUGAUAUACUUUAUAAUUUAACUUUUUAUAUUUAUAUUGUGAUAAUACUUUAUUAAACAUUUUUAUACAA